CUGCGCCGGAACUGCGCUGACACCUUUAUCAUGGCAGGCGAUAGCACUGUUGACCAUGAUACUUCAAUGAUCAACAGAACUCCUCUAACGGGUGGGAAGAAAUCUCAUAAAAGGAAGAGAGAUCUCGAUGGCUCUACUGGCGCUUCAUCUAUUCCAACGAAGAAAUCAAAGAACACAGAGAGUGCCCCCUCGACCCCCGUCCCAAGCAAAGAGAAGAAGAAACGGGAAAAGCAGUCUGACUUGGACCUCGGAGAUAAGGUUCAAAAAGAUUCGACCAAGAAGAAAAACAAGAAGAGUGUUGUUUCGCCAGGCAAAGCGAAGUCCGACGAAAAUGGCAGUAUCGAUAAGAAGAAGAAAAAAUCCAAGUCGGGGAAACAAAAGCAUUCAAGGGAUGAUUCUAGCUCAGAUGGGGAGACUUCGGAUUUAGAGGAAACAAAUCAGGACACCCAGGAAGCGGUCGAUAAGAAGGGAACUAGGACGGAGAAAACGCCCGAGCAAUCAGAGGAUUCGGGGUCUUCUGACGAACAAGAGGUGGAUUCGAAGUCUGGGAAAAACAAAUUUGCUGGCAUCUUGUCGAAAUUCGAGCGGUCUGCAAAAGUCAAGGAAGCUGCAAAAGCAAAAGGUUAUGAAAAGGAUGAGGCACAAGAUAAGGAUCUGAACGCGGUAGAACCCGUGAUAGCACAGGGCUUAGAACCUAUACCUCAGCCCGAACCUGCUCCUGAGAAGGACGAGAAACCGACAUACUCUUCUCUUCCGGCUUGGCUAGCUAAUCCCUUGAGGACCUCCGCCGGGACAAGAUCUAAGUUCUCCGAUUUGGGAAUCGAACCCGGUCUUCUUCGUGUUCUGGAAGAUAAUGGAUAUAAAGAGGCCUUUGCUGUUCAGUCAGCGGUCAUUCCUCUGCUUUUACAAGGACCCAGAAAUCACUCCGGGGAUCUUUGCGUCUCGGCGGCUACCGGUUCGGGAAAAACUCUUUCCUAUGUCCUUCCUCUAGUCACAGCGUUGGAUCAGAUCCCGGCCCCUAGACUGCGAGGCUUAAUCGUUGUUCCAACCAGAGAAUUAGUCAAGCAGGCUAGAGAGGCUUGCGAGUUUUGUGCUGCAGGAUCGGGUUUACGCGUCGGAUCUGCUGUGGGAAACGUGGCUAUCAAGGAUGAGCAGCGCUCCCUGAUGCGUGUUGAUCAGAUCUAUAGCCCGGAGACCGUCAAACUACGACAAAAUGCGGAGCUGACUGCAGAGGACUGGACGAAUUUCAACUUGCAUGACUAUAUUUCAAGUUCAACCGACUUAGGGGAGGCUUUACCAGGUUAUGUCCAUAGAGCAGAGCCAAAUGUUGAUAUACUCAUCUGCACGCCUGGUCGUCUUGUUGACCACCUCCGCUACACAAAAGGGUUCACCUUGAAGCACCUCCAAUGGCUUGUCAUUGACGAGGCGGAUAGGCUGCUAAACGAGAGCUUCCAGGAAUGGGUUGACGUGGUGAUCAACUCCCUUGAUGCACGCAAAGUGACUGGCGCUUUUGGUUCCAGCGGGGAGUUCAUGGCAGAGCUCGGGCUUUCCAUGCAGGUCAAAGAGCCAAGGAAAGUGAUUCUCAGUGCGACCAUGACAAGGGAUAUUUCGAAGUUAAACUCCUUGAGGCUCAUCAACCCUAAAAUGGUUGUCGUUGGGGCUGCCGACUCUGCCGCAACAGGCGAUGAUCAGAGUGACGUGGUUGCUCACUCGGAUGACAAGUUUACUCUUCCACCUACUUUGAAAGAGUACUCUGUUGCUGUCGGAGACGGGUCACAGAAGCCGCUCUAUCUCUUACGACUUCUACUUUCCCAUAUCAAGAUCGAUGUCCCGGCUUCUGCAAAACGAACUAUUUCGGAACGAUCUGAUUCUGAGGACUCUAGUUCUGACGAAACCAGCUCCGAUGGCUCAUCAUCCGAGGAUUCUAGCUCUGAUGAUUCAGAUUCCGAUUCAGACUCUGAUUCAGAUUCCGGCUCGGAUUCCGAAACUGACACUUCCGACUCCAGUUCUUCCUCGGAUGAAGAAUCUGACGCAUCAGACAGUAGCUCUGAGUCCGAGUCCGAGUCUGAGUCUGAGAAAACCGUUAAACCCCAAACCAAACCUAGCCCCAAGCGAAGCACGGUGCUGGUCUUCACCAAGUCGUCUGAAUCUGCAUCGCGCCUUUCUCGUCUCCUGUCACUGAUUAAACCCUCGUUGGCCGACAGCAUUGGGACAAUCAUCAAAUCUAACAAGUCCUCUGCCUCGCGGAAAACCCUUACAGCCUACCGUCGCGGAAAACUAUCGAUUAUCAUAGCCACAGAUCGUGCGUCGCGUGGGUUGGACCUGGAGUCCCUGACUCACGUAGUUAACUAUGACGUCCCCGCGAGUGUCACAACGUAUGUGCAUCGUGUUGGCCGUACAGCUCGCGCAGGAAGAGACGGGUCCGGCUGGACCCUUGUUGCUCACCGAGAAGGCCGAUGGUUCACAAAUGAGAUCUCCAAGGGCUCUAACGGCAUGAUAACUAGGUCUACCAAGGUUGAAAGGGUAUCCGUCCUCCCGAGGGAGAUCAAGGAAUUCAAAUCCAAGUAUGCUGCCGCGUUGGACGUCCUAGAGAAGGAAGUCAGGGUCGGUGGUGGGACCAAACAAGCCCCCCGAUCCCAAACAUAGGUAGUCGGAAUACUGUGUACCAGCUUUUUCUACUGUAUAUAAUAUUAUACCAAUUAUUACUGCAAACAUUCACUAGUUUCUUUGUCUCGA